GAUACCGUGCCGACAAAAAAUGAAAAGAGAAAAGAAAAGUGAAAAAUUCUCUCUCUCACAAUCAGUCACACGUAUUCUGUGUUGUUCUUCUUCUCCGUCUCUUUCGUUGCCUCUGCUUUUCACUCUUUCCUGAUCAGUUUAUGCCUAUUCUUUAUAUAUCUGGGUUAUGUUAUUACUCUGUUCUCUCUGCAAUCAAUUUGGUAUCUAGGUUUGUGUAAGAAAACAGAACAAUGUAUCCUUGUGGUUACGUUGCUGAAGUCACCAACUUGUCUCCUCAAGCCACUGAGAAAGAUGUUCUUAGUUUCUUUUCUCACUGUGGAAUCGUCGAGCUCGUCGAGAUCACCGGGUAUGAAGGGGAUGCGUUAACGGCUUAUGUAACCUUCAGAGAUGCGUAUGCUCUGGAUAUGGCUGUCUUGCUUAGCGGAGCUAUGAUCGUUGAUCGAACCGUUUCCAUAUCCAUGUACGGUGUCUAUUUACAUGAAUCUAACCAUCUCACACCAAAAGAAGAAGACUAUAGUGUAACGGCCACUCGUUCGGAUGCUUUUGCUUCAUCACCUGGAGAAGUUGUAACCGUGGCUCAACAAGUUGUAAAGACAAUGUUGGCUAAAGGCUACGUUCUAAGCACAGACGCCAUCGGUAAAGCCAGAGCUUUGGAUGAGUCUCAGAGAUUCUCAAGCUUGGUAGCCACCAAAUUGGCAGAGAUCAGCCAUUACAUUGGCCUCACACAGAACAUUCAGUCCAGUAUGGAAGUCGUGAGAUCAGCAGACGAGAAAUAUCAUUUCUCGGAGUUCACAAAAUCCGCGGUUCUCGUCACAGGAACGGCUGCCGUGGCCGCAGCCACCAUUACAGGGAAAGUGGCUGCAGCUGCAGCGACUAGUGUGGUGAACAGUCGAUACUUUGCUAAUGGGGCUUUAUGGUUCUCAGAUGCUUUGGGCCGGGCUGCAAAAGCAGCGGCCCAUAUGGGUGGAGGAGGAAGCAGUUGA